AUGGGGACGAGAGAGAGGGACUCCCUUUCUCUCUGGGUUUGGAAUUCCACCGGAAAUGGAGGAUCAAAGCCACCGUCUGCGACCACCACCGCCUCUGCUACUCCUUCCCAUUAUCAUUCUGGCAGAGAGGCAUUCUGCAAAGUCAUUCGCAGCUGGGCUUGGAGAAAGUUUAUGUCAGGAUGUGUCAUUCUAUUUCCAAUAGCCAUUACAUGCUACUUCACUUGGAGUUUCAUUCAUUUGGUGGAUUUCUUCUCUCCGAUCUACCAUCAUCUGGGGAUCAAUUUCAUUGGUCUUGGAUUCAUGACCUCCAUCACUUUCAUCCUCUUAGUCGGCAUUUUCAUGUCCUCGUGGUUGGGGUCCUCUCUCCUUGCUCUUGGGGAAUGGCUUAUAAAGAAAAUGCCACUUGUAAGCUACAUUUAUGCCGCCUCAAAGCAGAUAAGUGCAGCAAUUUCACCAGAUCAGAGCUCUAAUGUCUUCAAGGAAGUGGCCAUCAUAAGGCAUCCACGAAUUGGGGAAUAUGCAUUCGGAUUCAUCACUUCCAAUGUCAUUCUUAGGAGGAAUACAGGCGACGAGGAGUUCUGCUGCGUUUAUGUACCAUCCAACCACCUCUACCUUGGAGACAUUUUCCUUGUCAAUUCAAAUGACAUUAUGAGGCCCAAUUUAUCUGUUCGCGAGUGUAUUGAAAUCGUUAUCUCUGGGGGUAUGUCGAUACCUAAAAUUUUGACUACAGACGAUGCGUCCAUUCCAACAAUUAGAAUCGGCAACUUUGCUCCGUAAAUAGGCUAACAGUGAGGCCAAGUUUUGAAGAAAAUUUGUGGAGGCUUGAAAUUUGCAAAGCAUAGUGGUUAGAAUAGAUGACCCAUGAUUGUAGUUCUUUUUGAUAAUAAUUUGAGCAGAGAUAAAAUCCAAAUUGAAGAAGUGAAGCCUCCCCAGCCACAUAGAGCUAUAAGCUUAUUAGUAGAUUGUUGUUUCUUGCUUCCUUUGUUUAUAUAUUACUCAUAUGCAUGUAUGUAUCAACUAUAUAUCAAUCUCUUGCAUUGUCAAUUGAAAGAGUGACCAUGAAAUUCUAAGGAUUACAAUUGAGUGGCUUUGGGAGGUUUAACGGCUAAAUCUGAAAUUUGGUCAAAAAACAACAAUGCUACGUGAGUGGGGAAAAAUUACCUACGAAUGA